AGUUUAAACUCCAUGUCCCAGAGGGCCUGGAGUAUAAAGUGAGGCUGAGCGAACAUGGCGACAUCAGAGAGCGAAGCAUGGACUGCAGCGGAACGCUCAGUGCGCGAGCGUGUGCCUCCCCUUCUUACAGACCUGUACCAGUUUACCAUGGCUUAUGCUUACUGGCGAGCAGGAAGACACAACGAGCCUGCCGUGUUUGAAUUGUUUUUCCGGAACAACCCGUUCGCUGGUGGCUUCUCACUAUUUGCUGGGCUGAAUGACUGCUUACUGUUCUUAAAGAGUUACCACCUUAGUGACCAAGAUGUGGAGUAUCUACGCUCAGUACUGCCUUCUGACACUGACCCUGCUUUCUUCUCAUACCUGCGGGGGCUGGACUGCUCCUCUGUCUCCAUUCGCUCGGUACCUGAAGGCACUGUGGUCUUUGCUAUGGUCCCUGUACUGGAGGUAUCUGGCCCUCUGGCUGUGGUGCAACUGCUAGAGACCACCCUGCUUUGCCUGGUCAAUUAUGCCAGUCUGGUGUGCAGCAACGCAGCUAGGUUUCGUUUGGCAGCUGGUCCCAGGCGCAGGUUGGUGGAGAUGGGUCUGAGGAGAGCACAGGGUCCUGAUGGAGGACUCACUGCCUCCCGUUACACACACAUCGGUGGUUUUGAUAUGACCAGUAAUGUACUGGCUGGCCGUCUGUUUGGCAUUCCUGUGGCCGGCACUAUGGCCCAUUCUUACGUCACUUCCUUUUCCUCUCUCGAGGAAGUUUGGCCUCAGACUCUGGUGCCUUUGGGAGGUCGUGACCCUGUUGACCUUAUUUCGUUGGUGAAGGGUUGGCUGGGGAAUGUGUGCCAGUUACUAGGGGCGGAGUCAGGCCGGGUCAGAGAGGGCGAACUUGCAGCUUUCUUGUCCUAUGCUGUUGCUUACCCAAACAACUUUUUGCCUGUGAUUGACAGCUACAACGUGAGCUGUAGUGGCUUGCUGUGUUUUUGUGCUGUUGCCCUUGCUCUGUGUGAGCUAGGGUACCAGCCAGUGGGCGUGAGACUAGACAGUGGAGACCUCUGCAGACAGUCAGUGGAAGUGCGGCAUGUUUUCCAGAAGUGCAGCAACCAUUUCUCUGUUCCUGGAUUCCAGUCUCUGAUCAUUGUUGGCUCAAACAGCAUGUCUGAACAAAGUCUAGCUGAACUAAGCAAAAAGGAUAACGAGAUUGACGUGGUGGGAGUUGGAACUCAUCUUGUCACGUGCACACGUCAGCCCUCUCUAGGCUGUGUGUACAAGUUGGUCGAGGUCAGAGGUCGGCCGAGGAUGAAACUGAGCGAGGAUCCAGACAAGAGCACACUGCCUGGUCGAAAGGCUGUGUACAGGCUGCUUGACUCAGACGGACAUCCCUUCCUGGAUCUGAUUUCUCUGGCUGACGAACCUGCCCCUGAGGCGGGGGUGUCAUUACAGUGUCACUCCCUAGAGCAGGCCCAGAUAGAACUAUCAGUCACACCUGCCCAGGUCACCACUCUGAGAAUGGAGGUUUUUUCUUGUGGGCAGCUCACGCUCCCUCUGAGUGGCGUACCUCAAAGCCGUGCCUAUGCCCAGAUGUCCCUGCAAUCCCUGCCUGCUUGCCACAAGAGACUACAGGGACCAGAGGCAUACACAGUGGCUCUAUCCAAGAGACUCCAUUCUCUUAUCUCCGAUAUCACACGAGGAAACAGCAAAGGCAGUAACUUUAUGCUGCCAAACUGAGUCAGUUGGAUGCAAUCAUCAGUGUCUGUUCGAACUAACAAAGACUCAGUAACAACCCAAAGACGCCAAACCAUUUUCAGAUUCUGAUUGUAACUGGAUAGGCUCAUGUGGAACAUGCCUGUGUAUGCCCAUCAUGUAUAACUGACUGUCUUAGUGUUCUUAAAUAUUUACCCAUUGAUCUCUGAAAAUAUGUUGAUUUUAACAUACAAACAAGGUCCUUUUGCUAUUAUAAUGGGAACUUUCUGUUGACUUCCAUUCACCUGUAACUAAAGAUGAAUAUGCAUAACGCCAGCCAUAUCAGAUAAUAUUUAAGAGCUCUUUGUUUUUAUAGGCAUAUCUUUCUUUAAACUUAUUUCCUCAAAAGAUUAGCUUUUUCAGCCAUUCAUUAACUGGUGGGGACACAUGGUAGACAUGAGCGCUGUAAAACUUAAUACACACUUAUUUGAUAUUUAUCAACAGUUCUUAUAAGAAUUUUUCUAAUGGACAUAGACACCCAGUGAACAGCAGUGGGAAUUCAAUGACUGUUAUUAAAAUUCCGUUGUGGUGAAAACAUCCUCAUGCUUUAAGUAUGAUGAAACGGUCUUCAGAGAAGAAUUCUGAAUCACCUGGAGGAGGAGGAGGGUUUCUUUUCUUUUUCUCCUUUUUUUUCUCUUCCUCAGUAGGUAGAAUUUCUCCUUGUGCCAUUGGAUUGAAUAAGGGGUGGAUUUGAUUUCCGUAUAGUUCGGCUGAUUUCUGAACUGAGUUUGCUGCAGACUUGGAUGGUAGAUGUAUACCAAGUGAUGUUGCUUGAUCAAAAGCACAAUCUUUCGAAACCCGUGGAACCUUCCUCAGUGCUUUCUGGUUUGCUGACCUCAUUGCACACUGUGUCAUGCUUGUAUCCUUGUUCUAACUUGUAGGGAUUUGUUUAUGUUCUGUUGA